CCUCUAUGCAUUAUUCCAUCUCUCACCUCUCUCUCUCCCUCCCUCCCUCCUAAAUUUGCAGCAAAAAUCAAGUCUUUCACCAUGAAACGUUUCGCCUUAUUGUCGGUACUAUUGUUAGCCACCUGCCACUUCUCCUUCUGUGUUAAAGAUGGGCUAUUAGAGAAUGGGAACUUCGAGCUGGCCCCAAAGGCGUCGGAUCUGAACGGCACGGAAGUUAAAGGGCGUUACGCAAUUCCAGAAUGGGAAAUCUCGGGAUUCGUGGAGUACAUAAAGGCAGGGCAGAAGCAAGGCGACAUGUUGCUGGUGGUGCCGGAAGGAGCCUGCGCCGUGAGGCUGGGCAACGAGGCGUCGAUCAAGCAGAGGCUGAACGUGACAAAGGGCAUGUUCUACGCCCUCACGUUCUGCGCUGCCCGCACAUGCGCCCAGGAGGAGCGCCUCAACGUGUCCGUUCCGCCCGACUCGGGCCUGCUCCCCAUACAGACGCUCUACGGCAGCAACGGCUGGGACUGCUACUCCUGGGCGUUCCUCGCCCCGCUUUCGCUGGUCGAGAUCAUCAUCCACAACCCCGGUGUUGAGGAAGACCCCGCUUGCGGCCCCCUCAUCGACUCCAUCGCCAUUAAGGAACUCGUUAAUCCUAAACCAACCAGCGAGAACUUAAUAAGGAAUCCCAGCUUCGAAUACGGUCCAUACGUGUUCAACACCACCACAGGCGUCCUAAUCCCUCCAAACAUUGAAGACGACCACUCUCCACUCCCUUACUGGAUGGUGGAGUCCCUCAAGGCCGUCAAGUACAUCGACUCGGACCACUUCUCGGUGCCCCAUGGCAAGCGAGCGGUCGAGCUCGUCGCGGGGAAGGAGAGUGCCAUCGCACAGGUGGUCCGGACUAUUGUUGGCAAGACCUACAGGCUCACAUUCUCCGUUGGCGACGCCAGCAACUCCUGCGAAGGGUCCAUGAUCGUGGAGGCAUUCGCGGGGCGCGCCACCGUGAAAGUGCCGUACGAGUCCAAAGGCAAAGGAGGAUUCAAGCGUGGAGUGCUCACUUUCGUCGCCACCGAGACGAGGACGAGGAUCAUGUUCCUUAGCACGUUUUACUCCAUGAGGAGCGAUGAUUUCUCGUCCCUUUGUGGUCCGGUUCUUGACGACAUCAAGUUGUUGAGCGUUCGCAAACCAAAGUGAGAAAAAAGCGCAAAUUAAAAAGAUAAGAGAUGUAUCUUUAUAUGUAUGAUGAUGUGGUGAUCAAUACCUUAAUUUGGUCUCGGAUUAUAUGUGAUAUGAUCACGAGUUGGAAUACUUUUUCUUUGUGUUUCGUAAUAGAAGCCGAGGGAAAAUUUUAAUUAGUGUGUUUUUUUUUAGACUAAGAUGGGGAAAUAAGCGUAUUAUAUGUUAUAUGAUGUAUACUGGGUGGGGGAGGAAUGAGGAUAAUGUAUGAUAGUUUUGAUUUUGUUGGAGUGGUCACUUUUGUGUAAUUCCAACGAUUUGAGUUAUGAAGUGGAUGUUAUUAGUGACUUCCACA